CUGUCAAAAAAGAGAACUAAUCAGAUCUCUCUCCUCAUAGUGAGUGGAGAGGAAACCACAACACUGGGCCACAGUCACAUAGGAAAGGGGGGGGGGGUUACUUGAUGACACAUUUCAAUAAUCCUCACUUCACAAAGAGUCAGGAUGGAGGAAACAUCUCUGCUGUGGCUGCUCUUUCUGACUUCACCGCUGAGCUGCACCACAAACACAGCCUCUCUGACUGUGAGUCCCAGCAGCUCUCAGUUCUUCAGCUGGUCGUCUGUCUCUCUGAGCUGUGAGGAGGACGACACCUCUGCUGGAUGGACUCUGAGGAGGAACACGAGUGAAGAAAAAAAAUCUAAGUGCGGAGAUGGCUGGGGAAAUCCUGAUGGUUCAUCCUGUAACAUCAGCUACAUUGUCCCUUUGGACAGUGGAGUUUACUGGUGUGAGUCCAGAGAGGGAGCAACCAGUAACAGCAUCAACAUCACUGUCACGGGUGGACCAGUGAUCCUGCAGAGUCCUGUCCUCCCUGUGACGGAGGGAGAAGACCUAACUCUGCACUGUGAAACAAAGACAUCCUCCAACCUCUCAGCUGGUUUCUAUAAAGAUGGCUCCUUCAUCAGGACUGAGCCUGCAGGUCACAUGACCAUCCACCAUGUUUCCAGGUCUGAUGAAGGCCUCUACAAGUGCAACAUCAGCAGUGUUGGAGAGUCUCCACCCAGCUGGGUCUCUGUCACAGUUCUGACCUCACUGCUGACCAGCACAACAAACCAAGCCUCUCUGACUGUGAGUCCCAGCAGCUCUCAGCUGUUUCAAGGACAGUCUGUCUCUCUGAGCUGUGAGGACGACGACAGCUCUGCUGGAUGGACUCUGAGGAGGAACACAACCAGAGAAACCAGGACUCAGUGUGGACCUGACUGGGGAACAACUGCUGGUUCUUCCUGUAAAAUCAGCUACAUGGACCCAGUGGAGAGUGGAGUUUACUGGUUUGAGUCCAGAGAGGGAGCAACCAGUAACAGCAUCACCAUCACUGUCACUGGUGGACCAGUGAUCCUGCAGAGUCCUGUCCUCCCUGUGACGGAGGGAGAAGACCUCACUCUGCACUGUAAAACAAAGAAGUCCUCCAACCUCCCAGCUGAUUUCUAUAAAGAUGGCUCCUUCAUCAGGACUGAGCCUGCAGGUAACAUGACCAUCCACCAUGUUUCCAGGUCUGAUGAAGGCCUCUACAAGUGCAACAUCAGCAGUGUUGGAGAGUCUCCAUCCAGCUGGGUCUCUGUCACAGUUCUGACCUCACUGCUGAGCAGCACAACAAACCAAGCCUCUCUGACUGUGAGUCCCAGCAGCUCUCAGAUGUUUGAAGGAGAAUCUGUCUCUCUGAGCUGUGAGGAGGACGACAGCUCUGCUGGAUGGACUCUGAGGAGGAACACUACCAGAGAAACCAGGACUCAGUGUGGUGUUGACUGGGGAAGAUCUGCUGGUUCUUCCUGUAACAUCAGUUACAUGGACCCUUUGGAGAGUGGAGUUUACUGGUGUGAGUCCAGAGAGGGAGCAACCAGUAACAGCAUCAACAUCACUGUCACUGGUGGACCAGUGAUCCUGCAGAGUCCUGUCCUCCCUGUGACGGAGGGAGAAGACCUCACUCUGAACUGUAAAACAAAGAGGUUCUCCAACCUCCCAGCUAGUUUCUAUAAAGAUGGCUCCUUCAUCAGGAAUGAGCCUGCAGGUCACAUGACCAUCCACCAUGUUUCCAGGUCUGAUGAAGGCCUCUACAAGUGUUACAUCAGCAGUGUUGGAGAGUCUCCACCCAGCUGGGUCUCUGUCACAGUUCUGACUUCACAGCUGAGCAGCACAACAAACCAAGCCUCUCUGACUGUGAGUCCCAGCAGCUCUCAGAUGUUUGAAGAACAGUCUGUCUCUCUGAGCUGUGAGGAGGACGACAGCUCUGCUGGAUGGACUCUGAGGAGGAACACAACCAGAAAAACCAGGACUCAGUGUGGAGAUGGCUGGGGAAGACCUGCUGGUUCUUCCUGUAAAAUCAGCUACAUGGUCCCAUCCCACAGUGGAGUUUACUGGUGUGAGUCCAGAGAGGGAGCAACCAGUAACAGCAUCAACAUCACUGUCACUGGUGGACCAGUGAUCCUGCAGAGUCCUGUCCUCCCUGUGACGGAGGGAGAAGACCUCACUCUGCACUGUAAAACAAAGAGGUUCUCCAACCUCCCAGCUGGUUUCUAUAGAGAUGGCUCCUUCAUCAGGACUGAGUCUGCAGGUCACAUGACCAUCCCCCAUGUUUCCAGGUCUGAUGAAGGCCUCUACAAGUGUCUCAUCAGCAGUGUUGGAGAGUCUCCACCCAGCUGGGUCUCUGUCACAGUUCUGACUUCACUGCUGAGCAGCACAACAAACCAAGCCUCUCUGACUGUGAGUCCCAGCAGCUCUCAGAUGUUUAAAGAUGAAUCUGUCUCUCUGAGCUGUGAGGAGGACGACAGCUCUGCUGGAUGGACUCUGAGGAGGAACACAACCAGAAAAACCAGGACUCAGUGUGGAGAUGGCUGGGGAACACCUGCUGGUUUUUCCUGUAAAAUCAGCUACAUUGCCCCAGUGGACAGUGGAGUUUACUGGUGUGAUUCCAGAGAGGGAGCAACCAGUAACAGCAUCAACAUCACUGUCACUGGUGGACCAGUGAUCCUGCAGAGUCCUGUCCUCCCUGUGAUGGAGGGAGAAGACCUCACUCUGCACUGUCAAACAAAGAGGAUCUCCAACAUCCCAGCUGGUUUCUAUAAAGAUGGCUCCUUCAUCAGGACUGAGCCUGCAGGUCACAUGACCAUCCACCAUGUUUCCAGGUCUGAUGAAGGCCUCUACAAGUGCAACAUCAGCAGUGUUGGAGAGUCUCCAUCCAGCUGGGUCUCUGUCACAGUUCUGACCUCACUGCUGAGCAGCACAACAAACCAAGCCUCUCUGACUGUGAGUCCCAGCAGCUCUCAGAUGUUUAAAGAUGAAUCUGUCUCUCUGAGCUGUGAGGAGGACGACAGCUCUGCUGGAUGGACUCUGAGGAGGAACACAACCAGAAAAACCAGGACUCAGUGUGGAGAUGGCUGGGGAACACCUGCUGGUUCUUCCUGUAAAAUCGGCUACAUUGCCCCAGUGGACAGUGGAGUUUACUGGUGUGAUUCCAGAGAGGGAGCAACCAGUAACAGCAUCAACAUCACUGUCACUGGUGGACCAGUGAUCCUGCAGAGUCCUGUCCUCCCUGUGAUGGAGGGAGAAGACCUCACUCUGCACUGUCAAACAAAGAGGAUCUCCAACCUCCCAGCUGGUUUCUAUAAAGAUGGCUCCUUCAUCAGGACUGAGCCUGCAGGUCACAUGACCAUCCACCAUGUUUCCAGGUCUGAUGAAGGCCUCUACAAGUGCAACAUCAGCAGUGUUGGAGAGUCUCCAUCCAGCUGGGUCUCUGUCACAGUUCUGACUUCACUGCUGAGCAGCACAACAAACCAAGCCUCUCUGACUGUGAGUCCCAGCAGCUCUCAGAUGUUUCAAGGACAGUAUGUCUCUCUGAGCUGUGAGGAGGACGACAGCUCUGCUGGAUGGACUCUGAGGAGGAACACGAGUGAUAAAACCAGGACUCAGUGUGGAGAUGGCUGGGGAAGACCUGCUGGUUCUUCCUGUAACAUCAGCCACAUGGUCUCAUGGCACAGUGGAGUUUACUGGUGUGAGUCCAGAGAGGGAGCAACCAGUAACAGCAUCAACAUCACUGUUUCUGGUGAACCAGUGAUCCUGCAGAGUCCUGUCCUCCCUGUGACGGAGGGAGAAGACCUCACUCUGCACUGUAAAACAAAGAAGUCCUCCAACUCCACACCUGGUUUCUAUAAAGAUGGCUUCUUCAUCGGGAAUGAGCCUGCAGGUCACAUGACCAUCCACCAUGUUUCCAGGUCUGAUGAAGGCCUCUACAAGUGUCUCAUCAGCAGUGUUGGAGAGUCUCCAUCCAGCUGGGUCUCUGUCACAGGGAAACUAAAGACCUCAGACCCCUCUCCGAGCUCGCCACCACCCCCUGACGUAACUUCAGACCUCCUCUACUUUGUGAUCAGACUGGUCGUCCACCUGGUGGUGUUCUGUCCGUACUUCAUCUCCACUUUCAUCAUGGUGUCUUUAUAUCGACACAGGGCCACAGGAAAUGACUUGCCUGUCUCUGUGGUGACGACCCCGCCCAACCAGGCUGAGGAGGGAUUGGAUGAUGACUAUGAUGACGUCAUCACCGCUGCCACCACGGAGCAUCACUUCUGAAAUGAACUGUAAAGAAGCUGAAAUAUAUUGAGUCCAAA